AUGGUGCAACAAAAUCAUUUUGGGGGUUUAGCUACUGAAGACCCUAACAUUCACUUGGCCAUAUUUCGGGAGCCUGGAACAAUUACAACAUGGGAUGAGAUGGCAAGAAAGUUCCUGAUUAAGUUCUUCCCUUCUUCCAAGUCAACCCAAUUACGCAGUGAUAUUGGGCAAUUUCAGCAAUUAGAGGAAGAACCAUUCUAUGAGGCUUGGGAAAGGUUUAAGGACUUAUUACGACGUUUCCCACAGCACGUAGUUGAUGCUGAUGCUGCUGGGGGUGCUCUAUUAGCCAAGACAGUUGAUGAAGCCUUCACUUUGAUGGAAGAAAUGGCAACCAACAGUUAUCAAUGGCCCAAUGAGAGGUCAGGCCCAAGGAAAGUUGCUAGGUUAUAUGAAGUUGAUCAGAUGACAGCCAUGCAUGCCCAAAUUGCUGCUUUACAAACCUAA